AUGGAGGACAUGCAAUAUCUUGGUUUCUUUGGCAUCAUCAAGGAAUCCAUCAAGAUCAUCUUCACAUGGAGGAAGAUCUUAAGCCAAAUCUCGCUUGCCCUCCUCUCUCUUUCCUUCAUCAUCUCAGCUUUCAGCGAGAUUUCUCACUUCCUUAUGGCAAAGAUCCACCACGACCAGCGUGCACUUAACCACACCAAAGCCGACACUCUCAACUUCAAUAAGCUCUCCAACCUGGCGACCUCGGACAUAAUUGAGCUCUGUCUCUUUACGGUCGCCUCCUACGUCCGAAAACUAAUCGUUUCUCUUCUUUACACGUCCACAGUUGUGUACACUAUCGCGUGCGUGUACACCUCGAGAUCCAUCACUUUUAAGAGAGUGAUGAGCGUCGUCCCAAAGGUGUGGAAGAGGCUCAUGAUCACACUCUUAUGGAGUUUUCUUGCUCUCUUCAUCUACAUCGUCAACAUCGUCGUGACUAUCCUAGUCUGCUAUCUCUUGUUUGAUCUUAUUCACUCUCCUGCCAUUGGACUAAUCCUGGGGUUCAUCCUCCUCAUCUUGUUCCUCUUUGGGUUGGUGUAUAUCAGUGUCAUUUUGGACUUGGCAGGUGUGAUUUCAGUGCUAGAGGACAUCUAUGGUCUUCAGGCCGUGUUCAAGAGCAAGAACCUGAUCAAGGGAAAAACGAGGAUUUCAAUAGCUAUCAAACUCUUGCUAACAAUUGGGUCCAUGGCAUUCGGUGUAGUGUUCGACGUCUUUAUGGCCAAUGGAUAUGGAUCCGGGUUUUUAAGGUUGGGGGAUGCAGUUCUUUGUUUCUUGUUUCUCCUCUUCGGCCUCAUCACGCAAACCGUGAUCUACUUAGUGUGCAGAUCGUACCACGACGAGAACAUCAACAAGUCGGCGCUGCUUUUGGCCAAAUAUGUUCCUCUUCAAGUUAAGGACGUAUAA